UUCAUAAAUUUAUUUAAAAAAUUACAAAUAAGCAUACAUUGUACCAGCUACGUCACCAUUGCUCUGGCCGAAGGGGCAAUGACGCCGUCCACUCAAUAAAAAAGAAAAAAAAACACUUGGACAAUUUCAAACAUUCAUAAAUCACGAACCCAGUCAUCAUUUUUCCCUAAAAUAUACUAUACAUAUAGCCAAAGUUUACUAAAUCAUUUUCUUCCCACAUUAAAUUAUACGCUUUUAUUUCGCUUGACUUGCUCUCUUUAAAUACUUGUUGUCCCCCUUUUGUUCAUUGCUGGAAAAUACAAUAAUAAUGCUAUUAAUUUUUUCCUCCAUCUGCCGGCAUUUUUGUCCUCUUAACUUUCCUUGUAUUCUCCCUACUUGGUUUCAAAAUUCAACAUGGAUUCAUCAGAUUUUCCUACAAGUAGAUCACCUAGAAAAGAACUUCAAGGACCUCGGCCGGCUCCUUUGAAGGUCCGUAAAGACUCGUACAAGAUCAAGAAACCUCCAUUGGCACCACAACCACUGCUGCAGCAGCAACAACAACAACAACCAAUCCAGAUAAGGCCUCCCGUAAUCAUCUACACUGUGUCACCAAAGGUGAUCCAUACUAACCCUAGCGACUUCAUGAACCUAGUGCAACGCCUUACAGGAUCAACAUCAUCAUCGUCUUCGGGAUCUUCAACGCUUCCGCCAUCAACAUCCGAUCACCCAAUAUUCAGUGAUACUACCAGUGGUGCGAUCUCACCAGCAGCAAGGUUUGCUACAAUAGAGAAAACCAAGCCACCUGCAGAAGUGAAACGACAACAAAUUUAUGAAGAAAACUAUGGAUUUGUACAAGGCAUAGAGAUGAAUCCUGGAGUUGAAAGGAUAAGUUUGUUUCCAGGGAUUUUGUCUCCUGGGCCAACCUCACUGCCUCGGAUAUCACCAAACUUCUUCUCACCACCGUCUGAUCCAAACUCAACCGGUUUCUUCCAUGAUUUGAGCCCGGUUCUUCAUGGGAAUAGGAAUUUCAUAGAAGGUAGUUUCAUGCCUAGUCCUUCAAGCUUUAAUAUUUCGCCUUUUUCCAUACCGUCUCCUACUACUCCAUCAAUAGACCUUUUCAACAAUUUCUUUGACCUUUAAAGAAAUAUUUUUUGUUUAGGAAGAUAUACAAAUAGAGAUUCAUUUCCCUUUGAUUUAUGGGGUUUCUGAAGAUGUUUAUUGGAGUGGUGGAUAUUGGAUUUUUCUGCAACUUGAAUUAAUGGUGAAGGUUGAGGAUUGAACUAGAAAUUUGAUAUGCGUAUUUUGGUAGGUUUGAAACUUCUUAAUUGCCUUCAUGUGGUGGGCCUUCUGAUAGGCAGAUCUGCCUCAAAAAAUACUGUGAUACCCAUCAAUCUUUUUUCUUCUUUUUUUCUCUCUUUAUCUGAUACAGAAUUUUAUUUCUCCGCAAUGUUGAUGUAAUUUCAAAGCAUUAAAAAUUGGUUUUCUUAUCGUUA